AUGUUUCUCGACUACGUUGAUGUGAUCUUCUGCCACCACCCUGAACCGUGUACUCCUAUCGAAGAGACUGUGCGUGCCAUGAACUACAUCAUCGAACAAGACUGGGCUUUCUAUUGGGGCACGAGCAACUGGCCAGCGAGCUCCAUCCUCGAAGCGUGUGAGAUCGCUGACCGAUUGGGGGCUUGGUAG